AUGAGCCAACUGAUAGAGAGCGAGAGUGACGAGGGCACAACAUCUAGCGAAGUUGAUAACGGAUCAUCGUCCAAGAACUCUUUUGUUGUUCACAAUGAGUUGGAAUUUUUCGCGAAGAAAUUGAAUCAAUUCGGAUUGGAGAGUGACGAAGAAGUUGAAUCGGAAAGAACUACUAAUGAGACCGGUUUAAAACUUGAAGAGCACAGAUCAAAGCUGCUUGGUAAGCAAAUCACCUCCUCAACGACAUCUAAGAGUUCAGUAAAGUCUAGUUCUUCUAAUGAUCAAGUUUCCAGGGAGAUUGCUGACGAAACGUCACAACGGUUGGAUAAGGUACAGAUCAAAUUUCAAUCCAUAGGGUCAAUACGUCAAAUUAUACCUCAGGUGGCAAGAAUCUCUUCAUAUCAGCCGUUCUCCGUGGUAAUAACUUUUCUUAAGAAAAAAUUGAAGGUUGAUACGGUUCAUUGCUAUAUAAACAAUUCAUUUGCUCCUGCCCCACAACAAACAGUCGGAGAUCUUUGGAAUCAGUUCAAAGUACAAAAUGAAUUGGUUGUGAAUUACUGUAGUACUGUAGCAUUUGGUUAA